AUGUUUGAAAAGACUUCCUUAACAUUUAGAAAAUUGGACAAAAUAGCCUUCGUGAUGCAUAUGGGGAAUGAAAACACGUGGUUGCUGCAAUGGCUCAGUAAAAUUCAAAUUGUCUUUGCUAAAUCGACGAAAAGCAUGAAAGAAAUUUUGAUUGUGCUCAGUGCGAUUUUAGCUGCCACAGCUGAAAUGGUCACUGAGUAUGAUGGUCCCGAAGUGAUUAUGAUGGAGGAAGAAUUUCAAAAAAAGGAACUUUCUGUCAAAAAACAUUCAACAUUGGAACUUAAAACGAUGCCACUUGAAAUACUGCCUUAUCCUUUGCAAUCCGAAAAUAUUAAUAAAACGAAAAUAUGUACAUUGUGCGAAUAUUUAUUGCUAGUAUUUGUUUAUUUUGGAGACAUCACAAAUAAAAAUGAGGAAGAAGUGAAAGAAUUUUUUGGAAGAGUGUGUAUAAAAGUACCUACUUCUAAAAGUGAUUGUCAAGAUUUUGUAAAUACUUAUACAGGUGCAAUUAUAGGCACACUUGCUAUGGAUGUGGAUCCAUAUCUGGUUUGCUCUAUGAUACGUAUUUGCCCGUCGGAAUCAUUAGUAAAUAUGUGGGUAGACAUUCCUAAGAAUUUUAUUAGCACAAAAAAUAAGCCAAAUUGUGCAUUCUGUUUACUUGCAGUAUCGCAGAUUUAUAAUGUUAUUAAAGGCAAUAAAACUAAGACUAACAUUGAAGUUCAAUUGAAUAAAUUAUGUAUUCGUUUGCCAACUUCUUUGAACAUUGUAUGCACAAAUUUUGUGCAGACGUAUAGCAUAGGACUCACAGGGUUACUACUUGCAGACUCGUCUACCGAGGAAACAUGCAAUUAUCUUCGUUUGUGUGUUCUUGAUAAUUAAAUGUAACUAUUGUUGCAAAAGUAUAAUCGCAGUGAAAUACUGAGAACUCAUUACAUAUAAUUCAAUCCAUGAAAGUAAAUUCAUAAACGAGUUGCACAAGUUCGUGUAAUACAAAUUGAAAGCGAAUCUAAGAAAAGAGG